AUGAACAAGAACUCACAAGUAAUAGCCAAGAUCAAGCCCAAGAUUCGCAUAAUCCAUAUAUUCGCACCGGAAGUAAUCAAGACCGACGUCAAGAACUUCCGUUCACUCGUCCAGAGUCUAACCGGAAAACCGGCGGCGGGAGAGGCCAAAACCGGUAAAAGGAGAGCCAGACCAAGAAUUCCGACGUCCCAAGAACCGGUUAGCGGAGAUCAUCAGCCGGUUAACAGGCUUUCGGGUUUCACCGGUUUAUUGGCCAACGGAGGAAACCAUCAGGUGAAAGAAGAAUGGGGAUCCGGUGAUCAGAGCACUUCGAACACAAAUACUUACUUUGAUCUAGAAGGUCUGAUUCAAGAUGUUGGAGAAGAUUACUUCUCUUCGUUUCCCAUGAGAUCAUCUUCUUCUUCACAAGUUGAAGGUUUCAUUUUCGACAACAACAACAACAACAACAACUUCGAUACAAAGGAUCAUUUUGCACAUCACACGCAGCAAAUCAUUUUCGCCUUUUUCUCUUCUCGAUCGCCGUCAAGCUCUCGAAUCUCUGGUUAUAAGUUUUGGAGAAUGGUGUUUUUCCGCAGCGUAUCGGCCUUAUCUAGGCUGAGGUCUCGCGUUGGGCAACAAUCUUCGCUCAGCAAUUCGGUCAGAUGGAUUCAAAUGCAGAGCUCUACCGACCUGGACCUGAAGUCGCAGCUGCAAGAGUUAAUCCCAGAACAGCAGGACCGUCUGAAGAAACUGAAGUCUGAACAUGGAAAGGUCCAACUGGGAAACAUCACUGUUGAUAUGGUAAUUGGUGGUAUGAGAGGGAUGACUGGAUUGCUCUGGGAAACCUCAUUGCUUGACCCGGAAGAGGGAAUACGCUUCAGGGGCUUGUCGAUUCCUGAGUGCCAGAAAGUAUUACCUGCUGCCCAGUCCGGAGGAGAACCAUUGCCCGAGGGUCUUUUGUGGCUUCUUUUAACUGGAAAGGUACCUAGCAAAGAGCAAGUUGAAGCACUUUCAAAAGACUUGGCGAACCGUGCUGCUGUGCCAGAUUAUGUGUACAAUGCCAUCGAUGCCCUGCCUUCCACAGCUCACCCAAUGACUCAAUUUGCUAGCGGCGUUAUGGCCCUCCAGGUGCAAAGUGAGUUCCAAAAGGCAUAUGAGAGUGGAAUUCACAAGUCAAAGUUCUGGGAGCCAACAUACGAGGACUCACUCAACCUGAUUGCUCGUGUUCCUGUUGUAGCUGCGUAUGUUUAUCGGAGGAUGUAUAAGAAUGGCAAUUCCAUUCCCUCAGAUAAAUCUUUGGAUUAUGGUGCUAAUUUUUCCCAUAUGCUGGGAUUUGAUGAUGAGAAAAUGAAAGAGCUCAUGAGGCUUUACAUUACUAUCCACAGUGACCACGAAGGUGGAAACGUUAGUGCUCACACUGGUCACCUGGUUGGAAGUGCACUUUCAGAUCCAUAUCUGUCAUUUGCAGCUGCAUUAAACGGUUUAGCUGGGCCACUCCAUGGUUUGGCUAAUCAGGAAGUUUUACUUUGGAUCAAAUCAGUUGUGGAGGAAUGUGGAGAAAACAUAUCGAAAGAGCAGUUGAAAGAAUAUGUCUGGAAAACAUUAAACAGUGGCAAGGUUGUUCCCGGAUAUGGACAUGGUGUUCUUCGCAAAACUGACCCAAGAUAUGAAUGCCAAAGAGAGUUUGCCUUGAAGCAUUUACCUGAUGACCCUCUUUUCCAGCUGGUGUCCAAGCUUUAUGAAGUUGUGCCUCCUGUUCUUACCGAACUUGGAAAGGUGAAGAACCCAUGGCCAAAUGUUGAUGCUCACAGUGGAGUGUUGCUGAACCACUAUGGUCUAACCGAAGCAAGGUACUACACGGUGCUCUUUGGUGUCUCAAGGAGUCUUGGUAUCUGCUCUCAGCUAAUAUGGGACCGUGCUCUUGGACUGGCACUUGAGAGGCCAAAGAGUGUCACAAUGGACUGGCUUGAUGCCUUCUGCAAGAAAGCUUCAUCUGCUUAA